GGGGGGAAGCAUUUAAGAACGGGACCGCGAGCCGCGCUUGUAAACAGACAGCCGGGCUGGGAUGGUCGGCGGCCAGACGGGCUGUCACGGCGAGGCGGGCUUGCUGCGAAGCCGAGCCCCAGCCAGGAGUAGACUGCAGGCCCGGCAGGUGAGGGGAGAGGCCCCGCCGGCGGCCAGGAAAUUAAGGAUUGCCUGGUGUUGCUUUGACAAGCACUUCCUGUUAUCUUUACCGAGAUCUCCGUGAAGAAUAAUCUCAAAGGAGCAUUUGUCUUCCCAUACCUCUGCUAAUGGCCAUUAGCUGCUAGCAAAUGCUUUUAAUGACUGAAAAAACAUCAACUAUCCUUGUGCUUGGCCUGCUGUAGGCAGUCGAAUGAAGGUUUCUUUCAGUUGUUUCCAGAACUCUAUUGCUGAAGCGCACCUCUCCCUAUUGGGUAAAUGAAUGUUCAUGAAGCCCGUUCCUGAACCAGCUGAGGAGCCUUAGGCCUCUUGGAGCCUGUGACAUGGAAGCUUUGGAAGUGGAUGAUAUCAGCCCGGCCUUGGAAGUUACUGAGGAUUUCUUUAGUACUUUUGAUAGUAAGCUAGAAAAGGCUGUGCGACAAGCUGAGGUUUAUGGGAUUCAGGAAGUCCCUGAAUUGGUGGGGCACGAGGUACUCACUAACAUAACAGACAAUGGUGCUAUCAGAAAUGUUGCCUCCCUGGGCAAGGGGGGCCUGAUUUGGGACCACUGUAAGAGCAGGCUCUUAGAAACCAAAGCUCAAAAUGUCUUCCCUGCCAAAGAACAGUUUAUGGUUCAGAAAGGGACAGCCCCAGAUAAUCUUUCCUGGAUGGAACAAAAGGAAGCAUCAACCUUUAACUUUUUCAACAUCUGUCAGCGUCGGAGGGACAGGCCUCGCUCUGUCAAUGACUUAUUGGAUGAGACCUCUACUUUCAAGCCAGGGCAUGCUCGGUCAAGGUCAGAUAUUACCCAGGUGGACUGGAGGCUAGUCCUCCAAACUAUGCCUCUGCAGCAGCAGCCGUGUCUUCGGGGCCCUCAUUUCACCAGGCCGGCUUUUCUGUCGUCCUCACCAAAUAAGGUCGAAGAUGCUCAAGGGAAUACUGAACACAAGCAGGCAUUCCCAAACAUUCUGAAGAAGGGGUACCUGGAGAUUAGGAAGGACCAUGACAGUUACUGGCAAAGCUGUUACGCAGAACUCUCCCCCUACAACUUAUACUUCUACAGCCUUGACAGCAGUGGCAAUCAAGCCCUCUACGCCACCUACCAGCUUUCACACUUCCAGAGCAUAUCUGUUUUGGGCAACCUUGAGGCCAGGCUGGUGGAUACCGUUCUGUAUGACAACACUCAGCUGCAGUUAAAGGCAGAGUCACCAUGGGAGGCUUUGGACUGGGGGCAGAAGCUAUGGGAAGUCGUGCACGCCGCCGUGCCUGGUUACGUGGGGCGGCAGGAUGAGUUGGCCAACUCUCCAGGGCUUGGUCAUCACGUUGACUGUACACAGAAUCAUUGUUUACAGAAGAAAUCCAGUCAGCUGCUCGCACCAUCACCUGUCUUGGAUAGCCCCAGACAAUACCAAAACAUCGUCAAAUCAGGGACGCUGUACAGGCUAACUGUCCAGAACAACUGGAAGGCAUUUACUUUUGUGCUGAGCGGGGCCUACCUUAUGGCUUUCCAGCCUGGCAAGCUAGACGAGGAUCCCCUGCUAAGCUACAAUGUGGACGUGUGUCUGGCUGUCCAGAUGGACAACCUGGACGACUGUGACUCUUGUUUUCAAGUCAUCUUCCCCCAAGACGUCCUCCGCCUCCGCGCUGAGACCCGGCAGAGGGCCGAGGAGUGGAUGGAGGCUCUGAAAACAGCAGCCAAUGUGGCGAGGAGUUCAGAGCAAAACCUGCAAGUCACCCUGAGGAGCAAACCCAAGGAUCAGAUGGGUGGGCACGAACUCAGGAAGAACAAACGUCAGUCUGUGACCACCAGCUUCCUCAGCAUUCUGACAACCUUGUCUUUGGAACGAGGACUCACUGCUCAGAGUUUCAAAUGUGCAGGAUGCCAGCGAUCCAUAGGCCUUUCCAGUGGGAAAGCCAAGGUGUGCAAUUACAGUGGGUGGUAUUACUGCAGCAGCUGCCACGUGGACGACACUUUUCUCAUCCCGGCGCGCAUCGUCCACAACUGGGAUACUUCAAAAUACAAGGUAUCGAAGCAGGCCAAAGAGUUUCUGGAGUACGUGUACGAAGAGCCCCUGAUCGACAUCCAGCAGGAGAACCCCAUGCUGUACCGCCACGCCGAGCCGCUGGCCACCGUGGUGCGGCUGCGGCAGCGGCUGAAAUCUCUGCGAGCCUACCUGUUCAGCUGCCGGGCGGCCGUGGCCGAGGAUCUGCGCCGCAGAAUUUUCCCCAGAGAAUACCUCCUUCAACAGAUCCACCUGUAUUCCCUCGCUGAUCUGCAGCAGGUGAUAGAGGGGAAGCUGGCUCCAUUCUUGGGCAAGGUCAUUAAAUUUGCCACCUCACACGUGUACAGCUGCAGUCUUUGUAGCCAGAAGGGGUUCAUCUGUGAAAUCUGUAACAAUGGAGAGAUCCUCUACCCUUUUGAGGAUAUUUCAACAAGCAGGUGUGAAAGCUGUGGAGCUGUUUUCCAUUCCGAAUGCAAAGAGAAGUCCGUCCCCUGCCCGAGGUGUGUCCGCCGAGAGUUGCAGAAGAAGCAGAAAUCUUUCUGGCGGAGGCUGAACAUGGACGAGAGCCUGGAGGAGGCUUGCAACAUGUUCGAGCUGUCCUACCAGAACACCUGAGUCAGCAGGGGCCCGAGGCCAGGGACUGACCUCCCGCUGAUCCAGCCGAUGGCGGCGUCCUCGCUAGCCAGUGAGAUCCCUUUGGAGGAAGAGUAGGUCUCAUCGUCCGCUAGAUAUAAAUCUGUAUUUGCAUACGUAGCCACACAUCCCAGUGCAUCCUGUAUGUAUGUUCUGUGUCAAUCGCUGUCCAAAAGGUCCGUGACGCCUCUGUGGCCCAAAACAACUACCAGUAGCUGGAGUACGCUUAGCCAUGAACUUCAGCAGCUCGCUCCCAAGCAAAACGUGGUUUACACGCCAUGCUUUAUCAUUCAGAUUUUUUUCCUUUUUUUUUUUUUGGCUCUCGGGCCAUUUUAUUACACAGGACACAGGAGGGAGCAUUUCCUACAGAACCACAGAACUUCGGGUUAUUUUUGUGUUAUUUAUUUUUAGCCUUCGCAGAGGCCGAGGUAACUGAGGCAAGCACUCAUCAUCGUUUGUUUCAUAUGAAAAGCUUCCGGACACAGGAACAAUGCCUGGAUCGUUCCAGGACCCCGUGUCCCUGACGCCGUCACCUCAGUUUCUACCACACAGGUGGGGAUCACCUGAGCCGAGCCGAGUGGCUCAGAGGUGAGGCGUGCGAGCUCCCUCUGACACAAAGCAUGCGCCCCUGAUUUAUGAGGAGAGCUCCUUCUGGUUUGGAGGUUGAUCUCGGGUCUUUUCCUGAGGAAAAAAGACCCCUGAGACGUGACUGCAUGUGUCGGUCUGUUGGCUGGUACGAAUCCCAGCGCCGCCUCCGGACGCGGCGUCCCCACCAUAGUGACUGAAAACACAGCUUUCUGAAGAGCCGUUUUCCCGGGCUUUCGUGGGUAAUAUUUAUGCUUUUGUAAUGGUGCUGGUCCGAGGAAAUCUGCGACUGUGGUUAAGCACAUCGGCUCGGAGACGGGUGACGAGCUAGCGUACGCUCUACCAGACGGUCUUGAGUUUCUCCUCACAGAAUCUUGUGUAGGCAUUUCCUCCCUAUUUAUUUUAAAUGCUUUAUUUCUCAUUGUUCUUCAUUGUACUUUCAUUUGGACCUUUAAUUUGUCAAUUUAACCACUUCCACCUUCACAUUUUUAAGACUGUACAAAAUCCAAGUAACACGGGACUUCAAAACACCCACGCUAGACUAUUGAGAAAAUACCAAACUUACAGAUAGAAGUAAUGAAUUCAAUGUAAUAAUGCUGUUUAAAUAAAUACACACACACGUAGUUGCCACCUUAGAGCGAAACAGAGCGUGCUAAAGUCGCAUCAUAGGAAUAGGAAAUAGGAUGAACCGCUUCGCCACUCGGCCAAGUAGUGUCCCCACCGCAGCGCCCCCAGAGCCGUGGUUGUGACCACGAUGUCAGGUAGGACGGCGCGGGAAACCACGGCUCCGGUCCUCCCGCCGGAACGCUUUCCAGAACAGGAAGAUACACUGAUACUGAAACGGUUUUCGGCCGCCUAGGUGAGAAGACUGUUUCCACGGAGCAGACGCCGCCAGUGCCCUGCCGGAGAGGUAGUUUCACUGCUGUUAGGAUCUGGAGCUCCAAUGGCUCACAAAGCACAGGGUGCAUUUAACCCCAUUGCCACCCCCCCAACACACACACCGUGCUCCCUCCAGACCCUAACUCUUGAUCCCGCCAUCCAUUUAGAGGCGAGACAUUUCAGACAGACUUGCGCAGGCUGCCAGUUCCUUGGGCCCCGGACCACACGCUUCAUUUCUUUUCCGAUUCUCCAGCAGCUGUAACCAAGGGCAUACAAACUUGCUAAAAGGCCAAGGCCCCCUUCGCGAGGAGACCUUACGGAGCCUUUUCUUCUUGGAAAAACAGGUUGACUUUUCCCCCACCCCAGCUGUAGAGAACGUUGCACACAAAAGAUAAAGGGUGGAAAAUCUCAAACAAGCACUUGGCAAACAGGCAAACAAAUUUGAUCCUCUCCUUUUUCCUCCCCUUCGUGAAACAACAGUAUUUAUAUUUUCCAGCCUCAGAGAAGAUAGCAGAACAUGAUCUUUCACAAGAGAAUUAUAGACCUGCUUAUUAUAAAACAGAUGUGCUCCGAUGGCAAAGUGCCUUUUCCCUCCGCCCCCAGCUCCCUGUCACCGUAGCUUACUUCUGCCUUUGCCGUAAUUAAUGUAUCCGUGAUCCCCACUGUCAGCAAGGCCGUCCCCAGCACACUGCGUUUGGAGCCCUGAAGUGCAGACCCCCUCCUCCCCGUCCAGCACGUUUGCUCUACAUACAGGAUUUCCUGUCCCGCCUCACAGGCACCUAGCGCCCGACCUGCUGAGAGGGUGGGAUUCUGGAUCCCUGUUCUAAAGACCUUUGUCUUCACGGGUGCCCUGCUAAAUACUGACCUCCCCUGGGGACUCCUAAGGAGAACCUUCUACCUGUGUCACUUUCUGCUGCUUCUCAAAAGGGAAAAAAAGAGAGAGAGAGAGAGAGGUACUAUCGCCAUGGGCUACCCAGAAGCAGGAUUACAUGCCGGCCGCUUCUGUUUUCUCUCCCUUUUGUACGCCCCUGACAGCCUGGCCGGUGCCACCCACCGGCCUACACAGCACGCAGCCACCACCACCAAAAUCUGAAAGGACAGAGCGGAGCCAGCUUGGGAAUUGGGUCUGUCAUGAAAAAUUCAAAAUUGCUGUUUUCCAGCCCAGAACGCCUUAGAGCACAUGAACGCCCUUACUGUUUUCCACCCAAACAAAUGACUUGGUGCACUGUUAGGUAAUUGUUCCACUGCUUAGAAACUGUCGAAACAAAAGCAGAUCCGUGGAUUACCACCUCCCUAAGACCAAGCUAAUACCUGCUUUCCCUCACAUUCCCUUUCUCAUCCCAUAUUAAAUAUCUUGCACGUAGAACACACGAGCAAAUGGCCAAUUAAUCUCCUAGAGCUGGCGGCCGACUCAGGGGAACCUCUUUUCACUUGAAAGGCCCAUUCCCCGUUGGAUCACUGGAGGAAAUCCCUCCUCACGGUGCCAGAAAUUCGUGUGUGAGACCGUCCAACCCUGGUAACAUGUUGGCAUCUAACCCUGCAGUAGAGAAGCCAGCUCCCAAAAUAGACCUGAGUUGCGCCACUGCAGGAAGGCCACAAAGUACUUCAAAAGCAGCGAACUGGAAUCGCAUCGUGUUCUUUCCAGGGCUGAUUUUCCCCAAAGUUGAAAGCCUCUUUAUAUGAAAACCACGUCAACGCUCGUCAUCCCCCUUUGCUUCCCUGCCUUCCAGGGGACCGUAUUAUCGUUCUUUUCCUAUCCGUAGUACUAAAGGGUAAUGUUGUUCGGAGCUUUCACGCUUGAUUCGCUGAGAGGGUAAUCGCUUUUCGAGUCUACUGGACAAGGCCUCCACCAAAAAGGGAAUAUCAGUAGCACUGGGGAUUUGCAGUUUCCAACUAACUCAGCGGUAUUUUGGACUCCUGCAAAGGGACUGGGCCAUGACUUCCGGCCGCCGGAGAACCCUGGUGUUGACCUCACUCCGGCUGCCACAGUCAGCCUUUGCGAAGCUAGAGUGAGUCCACUUUGCUGAGGUCUGGCCUCUGGUGUGGUUACUGCGUGGGUACCCAAUGAACAUUGACGCUGGACGGUGUCUCCCUGUGCCUCCUUGAAAAGGCUUGGCUUCCAAACCCAUGGCUUUGUUCUCUACCUGUUGGCCAAAAAAGGCCACGUGUAGAUCACUGGAUCAGGGCGCCCUGCGUGCCACACUGGCCACUUCCUGCAAGGAGAGGCGUUAUCUGAGGAAGCCAAGACACAUUUUGCUCCUAACUUAGGGGGAAGCCAAUGCUGCUGGUCCUAAAUUUGGGCAGAAUUAUUCAUCUCCACGACUCUGCUGCACUUUAUUGAAAUGACUGGAUUAGGAAGGCAAUCUUCAACUCUUAUUCUAAUACUGCCCAGAAUCAAUACACAGGUUUUGUUUUGUUUACUUUUCCCAGUAAAGAGCAAUGCAUACAAUUUCCCCCUUAUUUCUUGAAUUUUCUGUCUCGAUACUUUUCUUGCUGUAAGAUAAUGUCAGAAACUAGAGAAUUUGGGGUGAAACACAAAGAAAUGAACACUCUCUCCUUGGCAUGAAUUGAGUCCAUAGAGGUACUAUCUGUUUCCCUUUCCUUGGUACUCGUUCACCACUGAUACUUGUCAACAACGUGUUAGCGUGCUGUGUACCUUGGACCGUUCUUCUAACCCCGCGUCUAGGAGAACUCACUGCCCUAGGUUGAGCCCGGUGGUGGGUGAAUAAACCCCGCUCAGUUCAUUUAAGCCGACAAGCGUUGCUUUCUGUCAUGAGGCACAGUCAAGUCCUAGCACCCAGCAAUUCCCAAUGGUAGACAAUUCUAAUUUCAUUGUAUUCAGACCCUCCGACUCGAAGGGUUUUCUUUGGUGUGUCCUAGUGGGUGCACACCAAGGUCAAGUCUAAGUCACUUAAACUCUAGGUAAAAGUCGGAAGUGUGGAAUGCCCCCUCAGCACAAUCGCGGUUGUCAGGGGUUUUAUUUAAAACGGGUUCCCGGUGAUCAUAUUACAGGGCACUUUCCUCCUCAAGUGGUUCAAUUCGAGGAAAGGGACAACUGCUAUUUCGCUUUCGUUCCUCCCUGUGGAAAGAGAAGCCACCUUGUUAGAAAGGUGGAACGAAGCCACAGUGGGAGAAUCAGGCGUCUACAGCGACUCUUAGCGCGUGAAGACUCCCUCCUGGCCAGAGCACUCUAGCCCGGCCUCUCCCCUCCCCUUGAUCUUCCUUGCCCUCCUCCCGAGCCGAGCUGGGGUCAGGCCUCCAGGCCAGACAGCCUCCGGCAGAAGGCGGGGAGCCGCGCUCGGCCUCCCUGCUGGGCUUCCCACCUGUCAUCCCCGUAGGAGUGCCUUACAGUACUGCCUUGUGCUUCUAGUCUCCUCCGUGGACUCACUGGAAGCCCGCAGGGCCCUUUGCCUAAAUGCAGAUCACUUUGCUUCUUCCCUGCUGGCCACUCUCUAUACAGAUGCCCUUGGAACCGCACAGUCCUCAGCGUGGCAGACCUUUCACCUUUGUUUAACCUGCUGCCUUAACCUCUCGAGGGAAGGAGUCCUUUGGGGAACGCGUUGUUGAAAUAGAAUGGUAGAAACAUGGGCUUUUCAGCUCCGUGGACACUUACACCAGGAAAUACAAAAGACACAACCACAUAAUGUUUUAACUUUGUUUUACGCUGGUGUUUUUUUUUUUUAAUCACUCUUUUUAUUUGUUUGCUUGCCUGCUUUCAUUAACCAAACUCAGGGGAAUGUAUGUCAUGAUGUCACCAAGGCUAAUGAGUAGAGGAAUUAAACCACUUCUCCAGAUUUCAAUCUGUAAAGUCAGUGAACUUAGCCUUUCUUCAGGUUAAAAAAUUACACAAACACAGAAUUUUCUUUUCUUUUACUGUAUAAAGGUUUUCUUUUUUACUUCACCACCUGUUUUCCAAGUAGGAAGUGGGAAGCCUCUUGGACACAUUGUGAUAAAAAUGUUUCUGGGCGGCGUGGGCGGUCCACUGAGCUACUAAAUUCGGCUUUUGCCGCUGGAGGCCUAGGUUCUGAUUUUGGUCACCUGCCACAAUCUUAUUUUGAAUAGCCAGAAGCCUACAAGAUUUGGGGGGUUGGGGGGAAAUCUGUCUUUAAGGAACAAUAAAAGGAGGAAAAAUGUUUAGUUUGCAAAUGAAGAGCCUUGAACGUGGUGCAAAAGAGUUCUGUUCCACUCAUUCCUCGGCUCCUGGGUCAGUUCUGUGUUGUUUUCCCUUAGUUCUGCUCAUGCAGUACAGAAUCAACUACAGUUCUGGGUUUGGGCUAUUCUGUCACUCUGUGUCGAGCUAUUUGAAAUAGCUAAUGUGCUAACAUACACACACAUAUAUAUGUUGUUUCUGUUUUCUGGAAUUUAUUGCCUUUUAUUUUGGCAUAACUUAUCCAUACCUUUGUUUAUAUCAUUUUUAAAUAUCAGUAACUGUAACAAUAUAAGACGAAGUUGUGUUGUUGACAAGAGCCCUCGUUUUUAUGGUCAUCUGUCAAAUAAUUUACGUGCACCAGUUCCUAAUGUAUAAAGUUCUCUCUCAAUAAACAAUACAGAAAGUA